UUUUCUUUUCCUUCUUUUUUUUCUCCUUCCUUCUUUUUCUUGGGCAUUAAUAUCUCUUCAUCUGUCCCCGUCGCAACUCUUUCAUUUCUUUCUUCUAUAUCCUAGAUUACGCUCCGUGCGACGUGUAAAUACCGCAAAAAUGGUCGAGAAGCUCUACGUCACAUACAACGAUGUGCACAAGAUGUGCCAAAAGUCCGCUGAGAAGCUUCUCGCCGACUUCCAGCCUCAGCUUCUGAUCGCCAUCGGUGGCGGUGGUUACGUUCCCGCUCGAAUCCUCCGAUCUUUCCUCAAGAAGGCCGGCUCUCCCAACAUCCCCAUCCAGGCCAUCGGUCUCUCUCUCUACGAGUCUCUCGGCAACGAUGAGGUCGAGGCUCCUGGCACAAAGGUCACCCGAACACAGUGGCUCGACUUGACCGCUCUCGGCGAGAUGGAGAACCUCGUCGGAAAGCGAAUCCUUAUCGUUGACGAGGUCGACGAUACCCGAACAACCCUCGAGUACGCUGUUAAGGAGCUUGAGAAGGAUGUUGAGAUUGCUCGUCAGCGCAUGGGCGAGGGCGCUCCUGCUCCCAAGACCGAGUUUAGCAUCUUUGUCCUCCACAACAAGGACAAGCCCAAGAAGGGAAAGCUCCCCGAUGACAUGCUCGCCACCCGUUACUCCGCUGCCGAGACUGUUGGAGACGUCUGGAUCAACUACCCCUGGGAGGCCAUCGACAUCGACGAGCAUGACAGGAACGCCAGCCUGCAGACCAAGAGCAACUAAGUGUUUUCUGGGAAUUUGGAGUUGGGAAAAUGGCGCACAGAUUUAAACGAGAUAUCAUUAACAUGAUGAAUGAGAUUCCUGAACUAUCGGUUCAAAAGAUUACCUAUACAAUGUUGCUACCCAAACAGCAUCAGACACAAAC